GGUUGGCUUUCCGUGGCAAACGCUCCAGAGUCGGCGUUGCUUCCCGGUUUCUGUUACUGCGCGCGGGCCCUUUAAGGGCCGGCUCCGCCUCCUUUCUUCUUUUUGCGAAUGUUGUAGGAACGAAGCAGACACGGGGACGUGUAGGUGAGGGUUGUGUGGGUGUCACAUUCUCCACCACCUACCAUGGCAAUGAGGGAGUUGGUGGAGCCAGAGUGUGGGGGCUCUAAUCCUCUGAUGAAGCUGGCUAGCCACUUCACACAGGACAAGGGCCUGCAACAGGAAGGACUCCAUGGCUCCCUAGCGUGGCCUCCCAUUGGUCCAAUAGCAGAUGUGGUGCCCAAACCUCUUGGAAGAGCCACUGAAGAUGAUCUGGUGGCAGAGUUCCUUCACGAGCAGAAUGGCCCCAUGCUCCCCUGCGGCCCACAAACAUUCAAGAUGGAUGAUCUGUUGGCUGAGAUGCAGGAAAUUGAGCAAUCUAAUUUCCGACAGGCCCCACAGAGAGCUCCAGGGGUGGCAGCUCUGGCACUCUCGGAAAACUGGGCACAGGACUUCCUUGGUGCAUCUGAUAAUGCAGUUGACGUUUCCUCAGAUUAUGAUGGUGCCGAUUGGUCCCAGGAGUUCAUUGCUGAGGUUACAGAUCCAUUAUCUGCAUCUCCUGCCAAAUGGGCAGAAGAAUACUUGGAGCAGUCAGAGGAGAAGCUGUGGCUAGGUGAAUCAGAAGAUCAAGCCUCAGCUGAUAAAUGGUAUGAGGAAUACCAGCCUGAAGACGAUCUGAAAAAAACAGCUAAUGAUUUUCUUUCAAAAGUGGACGAUCCCAAGCUGAAUGAUUCUGAGUUCGUAAAAUUUGUUCGCCAGAUUGGAGAUGGGAGGGUGUCCAUCGAGGCCAAUCGGGUGACCAUUAAUCCCAGGGACCAGGAUAAGGCAGAGCAAUGGGCAACUGAGUUUAUUCAGCAGCAGGAUACAUCUGAAGCCUGGGUAGAUCAGUUUGCACACACUGGGAAUGCACUGGAUCCAGACUUUGAGCAGGCCAAGACUGCUGUGGAGUCAGAUGUGGAUUUUUGGGACAAAUUGCAGGCUGAGUGGGAGGAGAUGGCCAAGCGAGAUGCAGAGGCUCAUCCUUGGCUAACGGAAUAUGAGGAUCUUGCCAGCUCCACUUAUGACAAGGGAUACCAGUUUGAAGAAGAAAACCCUGUACGGGACCACCCGCAGGCUUUUGAGGAGGGGCUGAAAUGUCUGGAGGAGGGGCAUCUCCCCAAUGCUGUCCUAUUCUUUGAAGCUGCUGUGCAACAAAAGCCCGAUCAUAUGGAGGCUUGGCAGUACCUGGGAACCACCCAAGCCGAGAAUGAACAAGAACUUGCUGCCAUAAGUGCCCUUCGACAGUGCCUGGAGUUGCAGCCCGGAAACCUCACUGCACUUAUGGCUUUAGCUGUCAGUUUUACCAAUGAAUCACUGCAGAAACAGGCAUGUGAAACCCUGCGUGACUGGUUGCACCACAAACCAGCCUAUGCUCAUCUGACGGGAAAAGAACCCGAAGGGGAGAAUUCUAGCCCAGGUCUUGGAUCCUCCAAACGUGUUCUGGGUUCCCUCCUAACUGACUCACUUUUUCACGAGGUGAAGGAAUUGUUCUUGGAAGCUGUCCGUACCAACCCCGAUGUUGUGGAUCCUGAUGUACAAUGUGGCCUGGGUGUUCUCUUCAAUCUGAGUGGCGAGUAUGAGAAAGCUGUGGAUUGCUUCACUGCUGCCCUGAGCGCACGCCCAAAUGAUCAUCUCCUUUGGAACAAGUUGGGAGCCACCUUAGCCAACGGGAAUCGGAGUGAGGAAGCUGUAGCUGCUUACCGGCAAGCGCUGGAACUGCAGCCGGGCUAUAUACGUUCUCGCUACAACCUAGGCAUUAGUUGUAUCAACUUAGGGGCCCAUAGAGAGGCUAUAGAACACUUCUUGGAAGCCCUGCAGAUGCAGCAGAAGAGUCGUGGGCCACGGGGUCAACAGGGAGCCAUGUCUGACAACAUCUGGAGCACCCUCCGUAUGGCUCUCUCCAUGCUGGGCCAGAACAGCCUCUAUGAAGCUGCAGAUGCCCAUGACCUUCCUACCCUCCUACAGGCUUUUGCUAUUCAGCAGUGACUCAUUGAUGGGCUCCCCUGUGAAUGCAGGAGGGGCCCUCUUCCAUACCAGUCCCUUCUUUCUCUUGCCACCCCAGACAAACAUGGCUGAGUCAGGGACACUUCUCUUAAUUCUGAAGACAACAUAUACAUCUAUUUUUGGUCUCCUUUUUAGGGCAGGUCACUGGUUUACAUGUUGUGCUGGAUCGUAUUUCUGUAAAAUUAAGCUUCCUUAACCUAUGCAAAUCCAGCAAGGAAUGGUACCUACUGUGUGCCUGUCCCAGCCUGCAAAAUUUAGUCUAGGAAAAAAAGCCCUUUGAGCAGAAACGUAUUUAAAUUUCCCUGCAGUGGUGUCUUGUAGGCACAGAUUUAAAUGUAGUGGGCUUUUUUCUUAUAGGUCAGUCUCUCUGAUACAAGGAAAGGAAUUCUGGCCCUUGAAGAAGGACAUUAGUUUUGCCUGCUAAAUCAGAGUGAAUGCUGAUGUUUUUUUGCGCAUCCGGUUGAGAUGAUUUCGUUGAAAAGCCCUUUUGCAGAAGGAUGAAUCAAAGUAUGAAUUUUGGGCUCUGGACUUGAAAAGUGCUUCUAAUGUUAAAGGGAUAACAGAAAGGGAAUGAACACCACUUAUGAAGUAGCAACAUAGCUGAGGUCACCAUCCCAGAGAUGGGAAAGGAGCAGCCGCGUAUUUAUUAAAGUCAGAAUAUAUCUGGGAAGACUUGGCAGUUAUCAGAGACACAAAGUGUGGGCCAAGAACUUUCUCUUAAUCACUCCUCUGCCAUUUUGGUUCCUCAUCAAUAAAGUGGGUGGGCUAUCUCUCUCUUCAUCAGGCUUUUCCCUUUGGUGUAAUUGGCUCUUUAAAUAUAAAUAUAUGUAUAUGAUUUUUGUUGGGAAAAUGUUUUUAAAUUGUAAAGUAUUUUGUAUAAUAGAAAGUGAAAGAAUAAAACCUGCCAAAUUAA